AAGGAACAUUUGGAGAAAUGCACGCCUGGGAAGUUGUAGUGCAAAAGGGAAGAGAGGAGAAGUGUAUCCCCAUCUUCUUUCCUGCCUUCCAAUGACAUCUAAAUCAAAUUGACUGGCGGCAAGGCCUUAUGAUCUUAUGAUAAGUUUUAAAAACCCAACAAUAAUCUGCUAUGGAACGGGUGUGUACGCCAUUGGAAUGUCUACUUCCCACUGCAUUUUCCAAAUAAGAUGACCCUGCAUUUAAGAAGGUCCCCAUCCCCAAAGAAUCCUGAACGAAACCUGAAGUUUUGCCUUCUGAUUCUUAAUCAGCCUUUGAACAAAGACCAUUUUUAUCAUUUGUGGAAUAAAGCGGUUCUGAGAGUAUGUGCUGAUGGAGGUGCUAAUCAUUUGCACUGUAUCACCAAUGGAAACCGUGACAGUUUUCUGCCUGAUUAUAUCAGUGGGGACUUUGACUCUAUUUUACCUGAAGUAAAGAAAUAUUAUAUAGAAAAGGGAUGUGAGCUCAUACAGACACCAGAUCAACAAUUAACAGAUUUCACCAAGUGCCUUCAGAUACUUCAACAGAAGAUAGAAAAAAGCAGUCUGCAGAUGGACAUGAUUAUAACUUUGGGUGGACUUGGAGGUCGCUUUGACCAAAUCAUGGCAUCUGUGGAAACUCUCUUCCAUGCAGUUAAGAUAACCUCUUUUCCCAUCAUAGUUAUUCAAGAGUAUUCCUUAAUAUAUCUACUUCAACCUGGCAAGCACAAACUUCUUGUGAACACAGGACUUGAAGGGAAGUGGUGUGGUCUAAUUCCAGUUGGGAAUCCUUGUGAAUGUGUAACAACAACAGGUCUAAAAUGGAACCUCAAUAGAAGUAUUUUAAAGUUUGGAACACUUGUCAGCACAUCAAACACUUAUGACAAAACUGGGAUAGUGACCGUUGAAACUGACAAGCCUUUGCUUUGGACAAUGGGAAUUAAAGAUCAACAGGAUGCUUGAAAGAUUGUCAUCUUACUAAUUUAACUUGAAAUUCAAAAAUGAAUUUUUCUGGAAUCUCACCCAUUAGGCAACUGAGAAUUUUUUUUCCUGCAAUUAUUUUAUUAUGAUUUUAUAAAAAUUCAACAUUUUAUGUAAUUGGUUUUUAAAAUUUAGCUUCAUUCUAUUGAAUGCCAUAGAUUUUAUGAUAUUUUUCUUCUUGAAGCCAAGCUGUAUUGUUUUUAGCCUGACGUUGAAUGUAUUUUUAAAUGUAACCAGUGCAUAGAAAACUUGCUUUAACACAUACCGGUAAGAUGGGUAAUCAAAAGUAGAUAUAUACAACAUUCCAUGCUGUAUUCCAGCUGUUGUUUCUAUGCUCAAACUCUUUAGCAAAACUUUGCUGAAGUUUUUUGGUUAGAAUAAGCAGUGCCUCUUAAUAAUUACUAAUUAAUACCCAUGUAAUAAAUUACUGUGACUAAAAAAUGCAUGCAAAAUUAGUCUAGAGGAUGAUGUACAAAUCAAAAAUUGCAUAGGAGUACAAACACCUCUGCAGCUCUCAAUACACAUCUGUGCAUAAGCACAAAGCCAGACUUCACUGACUCUCUGUUCUAUCAGAGAUCAUCUCUGUUUUAUCCAUACAAGGAAAAGAACUCAGUAAAUUCUACUCUCACUAAUAGUGCAGUAAUUUUUAUCUCCUACUUAUUGGUCUAACCACAAAUAUCUGAGGUUUAUUUGUGAUGUGGAGGACACAAAAUUAAAUGGUCCAGAACAAUAACCUAUUUUGCUUGCAUUAAAAUAAUAUAGGAAAGAUAUAAUGAAACUCUUAUUUGCUUGCAUUAAAACAACAUAAGAAAAAUAUAGUGAACCUGUUAUUUUGCUUCAUUAAAACAUAGGAAAGAAAGAUAUAGUGAACCUGUUAUUUUGCUUCAUUAAAACAUAGGAAAGAAAGAUAUAGUGAACCUGUUAUUUUGCUUGCAUUAAAAUGACAUAGGAAAGAAACUGUAUGCCAGUACUGGCAGAACAGAUAUGUUUGCUUGUUUGUAUGUAUAUUAUCUAAUAUGUGCACUUUAUCUCCUGAUCCCAUGGCAGCUAAGUAUCAUACAGGUCUCUGCAAAUAAAAUUAAAUCCUAAUGAAUUCUACAAUGUAAGCAGUGUUAAUUGUAUUUUAUCUUGGGUCUAUUCUUACAAAUGCUGUUUCUUAAAGCUUGCUAAAAUGUAAUGGAAUUAGUUCUUUUGGAAAGCAAUGUCAAUUAAUACCACAUUGUAAUGAGAUCUACAAUUGCCUUAAUAAAGAUAUAAUUUAA